AUGCCAGGACGAAAAUGGACACAGGACGAAAAGGAUCUUUUUGCCACUUUGCGGGAUGAACAUCCGGAUCUUAAACUAUCUACCCUUACAGAGCUCUUCAAUGAGCGUACAAACGGUUCAUAUCGUAGUAUUUACGGCCUCCAGGGAGUAUGGAGGCAUCAGAGGAAAGAUAAGCUUGAUGAGAAUGUUGAAUCUAAAGAAGUUUAUUUUAUGUAUUAA